UUCUGUAGGGGGCUUUGCGAUGCAAAGCUCCCCACAAAACGGAAAUGUGAGAGAGUUAUCGUAUAAUUUUUGAGUUAAAAGUUCAGUUAUAUUAAAAAAUGUGCUACCUCUGCUAAAGAAGAGUAAAUUUUUUUUAAGGAAAAACCAAAAAAUUAUUAAUUGCAUUAUGAUUCUUUUUCACAUAUGUAAACAAUUUACUUUCAUUUUGACAGGAAAAUAAUUAUAAUGGGAAAAUUAAUAUAUAUAUAUAUUGAAACAUUUUCCACCUGUUUGCUGACCAGAGGUUCAAUUAUUUAAUUUCUAAGUUUUCAAAAUUUGACCACUGGAAUUCAGCUUUAGACUUUUCUUUCUGGAUGAUGCAAAUAAGCAAAAUUAGAAAAAAAUUUGGAUCAUUUAAUUUACUUGUGCUUGAUAAAGGUAAACAAAAAUGACUUCUGUGUGGAAACGUCUUCAACGAGUAAACAAAAGGGCUGCAAAAUUUCAGUUUAUUGUUUCUUAUCAAGAACUUGUAGUUGAAGGUACUCCUAAAUGGCAUCCCUCUGAAUUGUGUGUAGCUUGGACUAGACGAAGUAGAAGAGUAGUAACAGAACCAUUAGAAUGGAAACCAACACUUUCAAAUCCAUUAAGAGGCUCUGUAGUAUGGCCUGUGCCAGAAAAUAAAGAGGCAACAAUUACGUUAUUUCGAGACCAAAGAAGUAAUGAAUUUGAAGACAAGCUUUGGACAUUUUAUAUUGAAGAUAUCUCCAAAUCAGGAAAGCCUAGACAAAUAGCUUGUGCUAAUAUAAAUAUGAAGCUAUAUGCAAGUGUAACACCCCAUCAGAAAGAUAUUAAAAUUAACUUAAAACCGAUGUCAAAAAAAGUUGCUGAAGUGUGUUUGAGGUUUACAUUGUCAUGUAAGCUUAUUAAGGAAGGCAAAGCAACGGAUGAAGAUAUGUUGAGUAUAGCUAGUUUGAUGAGCAUGGAAAGUGUCACAGCGCCUGAUGUUGGUAAUCUGGAUGACUUUGAUGAUGAUAUUAGUGUAAAUAAAUCUGAAACUGCUGUUAAAAUAUCAGAACUUGCUGCACAGUUUAAUUUUCUUGCUCAGGGUGUAGAUGUAGAUAAUUCUAAAACUAUGGAAGUGCAAGUGAUUACUCCAAAAGCUUUACCAAGUGAUGACAGUUUAUGUAGCCUAACUGACCAAAAUACUUCAGAUCAAAUCUCUUCAAGUGUUACCUCAUUACCCGAUAACAGUUCAAUUGAACAGAAGUGUGAUGAUUCGUUUGAAGGAUUGAGUCUCAAUUCUGAAAAUGAAGCAGAUAAGAGCUUAAUGGGCAUUGAUGAUCUUUUAACUUGGUGUAAAGAAGUAACUAAAGGUUAUAAAGGGGUCAAUGUUACAAAUAUGACAAGAUCUUGGCGGGAUGGUUUAGCUUUUUGUGCUGUUAUCCAUCAUUUUCGACCUGAUUUGAUUGAUUUUGAAUCAUUAAAUCCUCAUAAUAUAAAAGACAAUUGCAAAAAGGCAUUUGAUGCUGCUGAAAGUUUAGGAAUUCCUAAAGUGAUGGAGCAUACUGACAUGGUCAUUUUAGCUGUUCCUGAUAAAUUAGCUGUCAUGACUUAUUUGUAUCAAUUGAAAGCAUUCUUUAGUGGACAGAAAUUAGAUCCUGUGAGUUCGUUUCCUGUUUCAUCUGAUCAAAAUCAAAAUUUAGGAACUGAAAGUGAUUUUGAAAAUGUUGCUAAGUCCCAUUGCAAUGACUUAGACAAUAAUGAAAAUACGAAAUCCACUUCUAGUCUAGAAGAUAUUCGAGACUGUUCAGAACCUCUACUUCCGGCAUCUCCUAAUAAUAACAGUGAUAGUACUAUUAAUAUAAAGUCUGUAGAUGAAAUUGACAAUUCAUUUAAAAUGAAAAAUAUUGAUAAAUACCCUGUUAGCGCACUUAAGACAAAAUCUGUUGAUUCUACUAAUCAAGAAAAUCGUAAAUUAGAAAUGCAUACCCUAAAUAAAACAUCUUUGGAUGCUAAUAAGAAUGUGAGACCUGUUUCCGACAAAUUCUCAUCAACCAAAACAGUGUCUGAUAAGUUUUCAUCAAUAUCAAAAUUUAUUCGGAAAUCAAAGCCACAAACAACUGCUCCUCCUCAAGUUAAAUCUCCAAAGCCAUUGACGCCCACGGAACUGUCGAACAAUUCUGCGAAUAAUAUAGAAGUCAAUAAAAAAUCAGCUAACUUUUCCGAAGAACCUCGUCCAAAAUUGAUGACUCGAAAGCAGUUAAUGAAUCCUUUUGAUUCUGAUAGUGAAGAAGAAGAGUUACUUGCAUUGCAAAGUGGUCUUCCUGGUAGUGCGUCAACACCCAUGAGAAAAAGUAAUGAAAGCAAUAAUGGAUCGAGUAUUUCGCCCGCAGACGGCAACAAGAAUUUGAAUUCUUUAGCUUAUCAAUGCCGAGGUGUCUCGCCAAUAAUUGCUGAUGAAGUAAUUGAUCCUGAAAAAACGGAAAGUUUAUUACCCUAUGAUCUUUCCGAUAUUGAAGUACCAGAACUUCUUGAUCUUUCUCCAACUAGAGCCACGAAAAAUUCUGCACCAUCACCACAUUGCUCCGACAGUGAUAAAUCUAAGCUGUCUAUUUCUCGGGAGGAGCAAUUAAAAGAAAGAGCUCAUUAUUUAUUAGAAAUGACACGCAAGGAAGUAGAAAAUAGAGGAACAUCAAGUUUUCUUAGUAAAGGAAAUAGAGAUGACGAGAGACAAAUGAUGCUUAGAGAGAAGGCAAGACGACUCAUCGCAGAAACUCGUAAAGGAAUAAAACCUAAUCUGGAUUCUUUUUAUCCUCCUGUAUCUAGCGCUACUGAUGUUGUAAACAGGAAUAUUAAUUCUACUGACAAAAACAUACCUGUAAAUGUAGUGGAAAAUCAGUCUCCUAAAAUAUUAGCUACAAAUCUAAAUUCCACUGUGAGUAAUGAUAAGAAGAAUUUUACCAAUCUAAACACUCUGGACGACAGCCAUUAUAUUGAUGCUGAGUUAAAAGAUUUAGAUAAAAAGCAAAAACAAAUUGAUCAAAUGGCGUCUGAGUUAGAGAAACGAUUACGGUUCGCCAUGAAAGUUAAUAAUGAAGUGUUAGAAGACAAACUCAUGAAAAAGUGGUUUUCUCUUGUCAAUCAAAAGAAUGCUUUAUUAAGGAGGCAAAUGCAGCUAAAUAUAUUAGAGAAGGAAUGCGAUCUUGAAAAGCGUUAUGAAUUCCUUAAUGAAGAACUCAGAGCUCUUUUGGUUCGCGAAGAAUGGCAGAAAACGGAAGCGGACAAGGCGCGUGAAAAACUUCUAUUAGAGGAACUGGUGAUCAUUGUCAAUAAGAGAGAUGAGCUAGUCCGGGAGCUUCACACACAAGAACAAGCGAUUGAAGAGGAUGAAUUGGUCAUUCAAGAUACCCAAGGUGUUAUGUUACGCCCCGAAAGAGGUUGCAUCAUUCAGUGACGAUUUUUCCAAUUGUACUAAUGAAUUGAUUAUUGACUAUUUGCCUUAAACUAUACGAUAUAAAUGGGCAUUAAGUUACUGUUUAAUUUGGAAGUAAUUUACAUCUAAGAAUACAAAAAAAAAGUUUUCAUUUUUGGAACGACUAUAGCUAUCACUGAGGAAUUAUAUUUUUAAGACUUAAAUUGCCCUUGGUGUACUUAUUGUUAAGUUUUAUUGCUUCGACGUUAGCGAUAGCGUCUCGCUUUAGAUAACAUAUCACAAUUAUGAUUUUACUAAUCUCUCAUUUCUUGUUGAUAUUUUGAAACUGGUAUUUUUGUGCAGUGAUUUAAGUGUGUAGUGAUAAAUAGCCAAAGUGUUUAAUUCGUGAGUUAAGUGUUAAGUAACUUAAUGUAGCCCUUUUAUAAUUGCCACAUAAUUAUAAAGGAGGAUUUUAUUAUUUUUGUAUUGAUUAUGUUGCUUUUAUUGAGAGAAAAGUCUUGAGAAUCUUGACUCUUCGAAAAUGUAUCUUUGUAUAUAACCGAAGCGCGUUGUUUGCUGUCUUAUCACGUGUGUGUUUCAAGCGCAUUACUUUCGCUUUUAUGUAUGAAAGCGCAUAACGUCACAUUAGAAUCUCUUUUUUUACUAUUUUCUUAGAUAGAUUUUAUGUAGAUGACUCUAGCGUAAAGAAUAUAGUGUGGUUUUGAACAACUUAUUCCUUCAACCUUCAUAAGUUUUAUGUCUCAGGUUUAUAAGUGAUGAGAAAGAUAUUUUUUGAAUGCAAGAAUGUUAAAUUUUCAAUGACAUAAAUGAUAAUUCUAAUAAAUAUAAAUUAACUUACGAAUCUAUAACUUAUUGUGAAAUGAAAUUUAAUUGCUCUUUAUCCCUUAUUAUAAAAGAAAUAAUUUUUCGUUGAAAAGGCUUUUGUAACAAUAAUAAAAUAUAUUCUCAAAUCUCGUUCAUUUUGGGUUUUUUCGAGUAACUAAAUGAAUGCGUUAGAUGCUCAACUAUAUGAUGCUGGUUUGAAUGUUAUUCAUUGGCAUUAUUUUUACAUAAUUCAUAUUCACAAUGAUAUAUAUAUGUCUGUCUAUUGUAUUGUAUAGGUAGUCUCAUGAUAACUAAUUUUUAUGUGGCCUUGAUGCGUAAAUCUUGAAACUUUCCUUUUUCUAGACAUCAUAUAUUUACGUAAUGGAAUAGCGUAAUAUAUGUAUAUGCGUAUUUAUGUAUAUGCGUAAAUUCUCAUUUAGCGGGCUUCUAAUUUAUUCUAUAGAUCUAUUAACAGUAAAGGAAAAACUAAAACCUUUUUCUAGACAUUAUAUAUUUACGUAAUGGAAUAGCAGUUAUUAUUUAUAUAUAUGCGUAAAUUCUCUUUUAGGAUGCUUCUAAUUUAUUUUAUAUAACUAUUAACAGUAGAGUAGCGACUUAAACCUUUUUCUAGACAUUAUAUAUUUACAUAAUGGAAUAGCAGUUAUUAUUUACGUAUAUGCGUAAAUUUUCUUUUAGAGUGCUUCUAAUUUAUUUUAUAGAACUAUUAACAUUAAAGUAGAAACUAAAACCUUUUUCUAGACGUUAUAUAUUUACGUAAUGGAAUAGCAGUUAUUAUCUAUAUAUAUGUGUAAACUCUCCUUUAGAAUCCUUCUAAUUUAUUUUAUAUAAUUAUCAACAGUAAAGUAGAAACUAAAACCUUUUUCUAGACGUUAUAUAUUUACGUAAUGGAAUAGCAGUUAUUAUCUAUAUAUAUGUGUAAACUCUCCUUUAGAAUCCUUCUAAUUUAUUUUAUAUAAUUAUCAACAGUAAAGUAGAAACUAUAAGUUCUUGUUGAGAUAUAUGCAGCAUAUUUCAUUUUUUAAAUUUUCUUCCCAUCUAAAGUAAAAUUAAAAUGUUAAUUGUUUUAGCAGGUGCUUUGAAUAGAUAUUCCUUGCUUUCCUUAACAAAUAGAUAUUUUUUUUAAUGUUUAUAAUUUUUUUGUUUAUACAAGAAGUCAUCUCUGUGAAAUUGAUUUAUUCAAAACAUGUAAAUGAAGCAAAAUGCAAAACUGCAAUCGAUUCAAAGUUUUCAUGAUUAUAUAUAAAACUGAAAUUUAGUGAAAUUGGAAUGUGAAUUUCACUCAUUUACAGAAUAUGAAAAAAUGUCAGCCUUUACUUCAGGAUUAACCUGACUUAAAAGGAAGGUUUGAAGAAAAAUUAUGAAUUAAUUGCAUGAAGUUACUGCAAAUGGGCUACUUGCAUCAGUUAAGGGCUUCAUAUUUGUGUCGGUGAAAUGAAGACUCAUUAACCGAUUUCUCCCAACUUGAAUGUUUGAUAUUUUUAUUUUACAAGAUUCAUUGAAAAAUUGUAAAUCUAAAAGUAAAUAACAAGAAAUUUUUAUAAUGCAUUAGCGUUUAAAAUCAAAAUAUUAUAACUUUAUUAUGAAUUUGCUAUAACUGUAAAUCACAAUAAAAUAAGAAAAAAAGAAUCUGUCCGGGUGAAAGAUUUCAUACUUAAAGUUAUGAGACUCAGUAAAUUUUUGUAGUAGAUUGAUCUUUCUAGUAAAAAAAAAAAAAAAAAAAAUUGUUAGAAGAGUCGUGCAUUAUUUUAUUUUAUCAUUUUUUUUCAUUAGCUUUAAUGUUAGUGCAUUUAAUGUUAGUUUUGAUAAAAUGUAAUAAAUAUUUACCACUUAAUGUAGAUUGUAGAGCAAGGAAAAAAUGCCAUCAUCUUUUGAACUCUGGGAAAUGUAAAUUGUUUCUAUGUAAUUGCAGUGUAGAAUAUUUCAUCCUUUUCCAUAAUUUUUCGUUUUAAUGUUCCGUUUUAUAACUAAUCAUUAAAGGUUAGUUAGAAUAGCCGGUAUUUAUGCCUUAAUUUUUUUCAACUUUUUAUGUGUCUUUAAAAAUUUGUUUUAAUGUUAGUGUUCUGAUGAACCAUAUAAAGCUCAUUAAUAUCGGGCAAUAAACAUAGGGGGUAGAGUAGAGUAUUGGAAAAAUGCACUUCAUCUUUUGAACUAUGCAAUGUAUAAAUUAAAUGUGUGUAAUUGGAAUGUAAAGUAUUUCGUCUUUUUGCAUGAUUUAAAUUCAGGUUUUUCUACAUAUCUGGCAGUUUUAUCACCAGAAUGAUGCCAUCACUUUUGAGAACUAUGCUAAGUGUAAAUUAUUUCUGUGUGAUUGGAGUGUUAAAUAUUUCAUCUUUAUGUAAUUAUUAAUACUGCUUUCCUCUAUAUAUAUUUAGCCGCCCUUUCCUCUAACUUGAAUAACUGGUAUUCUCUUUAUUUUUAAAAAAUGCAUUGCAAAAAGUUAAAGACAAAAAUUAAUUAUGAUAAAUUCUUAUCAUUUUUAAUUUUAUAAAAUCAAAGUGCUAAUUUAUCAUAUUAUGCAAUUUCAGUGCUUAACUAUAUGAUUAAAUUAUGGAAUAAGGCACAUUUGAAAAUAAAUUGUAUAAAAAUGUAAAUAUCUCGGUUUGAAUAAAAUAAAAAAAAGACAUGAUAUUGUUAACUGUUAUUAAACUAAUUGAAUAUUUACAAAUGAAUAAUUUUGUUAAUAAACAUUAAUGCUUAGUGAGAAGAGCCGGCAUUUGUGCCUUACUUUUUUCAACUUUUAUGUGGCUUUUUAAAAAUUUGCUUUAAUGUUAGUGUUCUGAUAAACCAUAUGAAACUCUCUAUUAACGGGCAACAAACGUAGAAGGUAGAGCAUUGGAAAAAUACACUUCAUCUUUUGAACUAUGCAAUGUAUAAAUUGUAUGUUUGUAAUUGAAACGUAAAGUAUUUCGUCUUUCUGCAUAACUCCUAAUUCUGGUUUAUUUUAUUUAUCUGGCAAUCUUACCGUUCAGAAAGAUGCCAUCGCUUUUGGAAACUAUGCAAAGUGUAGAUUGUUUCUGUGUAGUUGAAAUGUGAAAUAUUUCGUCUUUUAACAUACUAACUUAUUGUGUUGUGUCUUACCUUUGGGAAAGAUGCCAUCGCUUUUGGAAACUAUGCAAAGUGUAGAUUGUUUCUGUGUAGUUGAAAUGUGAAAUAUUUCGUCUUUUAACAUACUUACUUAUUGUGUUGUGCUGUAUAUAUCUGGUACUUUUAUCAUCGGAAAGAGGCCUUCACUUUUCGAGACUAUGUUAAAUGUAAAUUGCAUCUAUGUAAUUGGAAUGUUAAAUAUUUCGACUUAUUUCAUAAUUACUUACAUUUAUUUGCUGUGAAUAUAUCUGGCCAUCUUUACCACUAACUUCGUUGCUUGGUUCCCCCUCUAUUGUUACAAAGUAAGCUGAAAAAAAGUGAAAUCUAAAAGCAAAUAAUGAGAAGUGCAAAUAGCUUAAAUGUUAAUAAAAUUAAAAUGCUAUCGUAGCAUUAAUGUGUGUUUGCAAGAAUUAUAAAUAAUUAUUUUACAAAAUUAUACGGCAAAGCUUAUUUUUUUAAAAAAAAUCUAAAAUUUUAAAUCUUUCGGUUUUUGCUAUAAAGGAUUUGAUACAUAGGGCUAUAAAACAAAUUGAGUUUUAGCAAUUAGUUGUUGUUGUUUUUUUAAAAAUAAAAAUUAAUAUUUAGAGAGAAGUGUCGGGCUUACUUGUUAUUUUGUUUCAACUUUUGUGAGGUAGAUUUUUUAUUAUUUGCUUUAAUGUUAGUGUGUUCUUGUUCUGAUAAAAAGCAAUAACAUGUAUCGAUUAGAGUAGAGCCUCGGAAAGAUGCCAUCACUCGUGGAAACUAUGCAAAGUGCUAAUUGUUUCGAUGUAUUUGGAAUGUAAAAUAUUUCAACUCUUUGUAUAAUUAUUAAUACUGUUUGUUCUAUAUGUAUGGCAGACUUAUCAUCGGAUAGAUGCCUGCGGGGAAACUGUGCAAUAUAUUUGUAUGUCAUGGAAAUGUAAAGUAUUUUGUCUUUUUGCUUAAUUAUUAAUACUGCUUGGUAUAUAUAUAAUAUCUGGCAUUCUUAUCGUUGGAGAGAUGCCAUCCCUUUUAGAAUUUAUGUAGAUUUUUAAAUUGUAUCUGUGUGAUCGGAAUGUAAAAUAUUUCGUGUUUUUUCGUAAUUAUUAAUACUGUUUGUUCCAUAUACCUGGCAGUGCUAUCACUUUUGGAAACUAUGUUAAGUGUAAAUUAAAAUUUUCUAUGUGCAAUGGGAAUACAAAAUAUUUCAUCUUUUUUCGUGCCUGCUUUGUUUUAGAUAUAUCUGGCUGUCUUUUCCACUAAUUCGAAUGUGUGGCAUUGUGUUUUUAUGAGGUAAAAAGUAAAAUCUAAAAGCAAAUAAUGAGAAGUGCAAAUAGCUUAAAUGUUAAUAAAAUUAAAAUGCUAUCGUAGCAUUAAUAUGUGUUUGCAAGAAUUAUAAAUAAUUAUUUUACAAAAUUAUACGGCAAAGCUUAUUUUUUUUAAAAAAAUCUAAAAUUUUAAAUCUCUCGGUUUUUGCUAUAAAGGAUUUGAUACAUAGGGCUAUAAAACAAAUUGAGUUUUAGCAAUUAGUUUUUUUUUUAAAAUAAAAAUUAAUAUUUAGAGAGAAGUGUCGGGCUUACUUGUUAUUUUGUUUCAACUUUUGUGAGGUAGAUUUUUUAUUAUUUGCUUUAAUGUUAGUGUGUUCUUGUUCUGAUAAAAAGCAAUAACAUGUAUCGAUUAGAGUAGAGCCUCGGAAAGAUGCCAUCACUCGUGGAAACUAUGCAAAGUGCUAAUUUUUUCGAUGUAUUUGGAAUGUAAAAUAUUUCAACUCUUUGUAUAAUUAUUAAUACUGUUUGUUCUAUAUGUAUGGCAGACUUAUCUUCGGAUAGAUGCCUGUGCUGAAACUGUGCAAUAUAUUUGUAUGUCAUGGAAAUGUAAAGUAUUUUGUCUUUUUGCUUAAUUAUUAAUACUGCAUGGUAUAUAUAUAAUAUCUGGCAUUCUUAUCAUUGGAGAGAUGCCAUCCCUUUUAGAAUUUAUGUAGAUUUUUAAAUUGUAUCUGUGUGAUCGGAAUGUAAAAUAUUUCGUGUUUUUUCGUAAUUAUUAAUUCUGUUUGUUCCAUAUACCUGGCAGUGCUGUCGCUUUUGGAAACUAUGUUAAGUGUAAAUUAAAAUUUUCUAUGUGCAAUGGGAAUACAAAAUAUUUCAUCUUUUUUCGUGCCUGCUUUGUUUUAGAUAUAUCUGGCUGUCUUUUCCACUAAUUCGAAUGUGUGGCAUUGUGUUUUUAUGAGGUAAAAAGUAAAAUCUAAAAGCAAAUAAUGAGAAGUGCAAAUAGCUUAAAUGUUAAUAAAAUUAAAAUGCUAUCGUAGCAUUAAUAUGUGUUUGCAAGAAUUAUAAAUAAUUAUUUUACAAAAUUAUACGGCAAAGCUUAUUUUUUUUAAAAAAAUCUAAAAUUUUAAAUCUCUCGGUUUUUGCUAUAAAGGAUUUGAUACAUAGGGCUAUAAAACAAAUUGAGUUUUAGCAAUUAGUUUUUUUUUUAAAAUAAAAAUUAAUAUUUAGAGAGAAGUGUCGGGCUUACUUGUUAUUUUGUUUCAACUUUUGUGAGGUAGAUUUUUUAUUAUUUGCUUUAAUGUUAGUGUGUUCUUGUUCUGAUAAAAAGCAAUAACAUGUAUCGAUUAGAGUAGAGCCUCGGAAAGAUGCCAUCACUCGUGGAAACUAUGCAAAGUGCUAAUUUUUUCGAUGUAUUUGGAAUGUAAAAUAUUUCAACUCUUUGUAUAAUUAUUAAUACUGUUUGUUCUAUAUGUAUGGCAGACUUAUCUUCGGAUAGAUGCCUGUGCUGAAACUGUGCAAUAUAUUUGUAUGUCAUGGAAAUGUAAAGUAUUUUGUCUUUUUGCUUAAUUAUUAAUACUGCAUGGUAUAUAUAUAAUAUCUGGCAUUCUUAUCAUUGGAGAGAUGCCAUCCCUUUUAGAAUUUAUGUAGAUUUUUAAAUUGUAUCUGUGUGAUCGGAAUGUAAAAUAUUUCGUGUUUUUUCGUAAUUAUUAAUUCUGUUUGUUCCAUAUACCUGGCAGUGCUGUCGCUUUUGGAAACUAUGUUAAGUGUAAAUUAAAAUUUUCUAUGUGCAAUGGGAAUACAAAAUAUUUAAUCUUUUUUCGUGCCUGCUUUGUUUUAGAUAUAUCUGGCUGUCUUUUCCACUAAUUCGAAUGUGUGGCAUUGUGUUUUUAUGAGGUAAAAAGUAAAAUCUAAAAGCAAAUAAUGAGAAGUGCAAAUAGCUUAAAUGUUAAUAAAAUUAAAAUGCUAUCGUAGCAUUAAUAUGUGUUUGCAAGAAUUAUAAAUAAUUAUUUUACAAAAUUAUACGGCAAAGCUUAUUUUUUAAAAAAAAAUCUAAAAUUUUAAAUCUCUCGGUUUUUGCUAUAAAGGAUUUGAUACAUAGGACUAUAAAACAAAUUGAGUUUUAGCAAUUAGUUGUUGUUGUUUUUUUUAAAAUAAAAAUUAAUAUUUAGAGAGAAGUGUCGGGCUUACUUGUUAUUUUGUUUCAACUUUUGUGAGGUAGAUUUUUUAUUAUUUGCUUUAAUGUUAGCGUGUUCUUGUUCUGAUAAAAAGCAAUAACAUGUAUCGAUUAGAGUAGAGCCUCGGAAAGAUGCCAUCACUCGUGGAAACUAUGCAAAGUGCUAAUUGUUUCGAUGUAUUUGGAAUGUAAAAUAUUUCAACUCUUUGUAUAAUUAUUAAUACUGUUUGUUCUAUAUGUAUGGCAGACUUAUCUUCGGAUAGAUGCCUGAGUGGAAACUGUGCAAUAUAUUUGUAUGUCAUGGAAAUGUAAAGUAUUUUGUCUUUUUGCUUAAUUAUUAAUACUUCUUGGUAUAUAUAUAAUAUCUGGCAUUCUUAUCAUUGGAGAGAUGCCAUCCCUUUUAGAAUUUAUGUAGAUUUUUAAAUUGUAUCUGUGCGAUCGGAAUGUAAAAUAUUUCGUGUUUUUUCGUAAUUAUUAAUAUUGUUUGUUCCAUAUACCUGGCAGUGCUAUCACUUUUGGAAACUAUGUUAAGUGUAAAUUAAAAUUUUCUAUGUGCAAUGGGAAUACAAAAUAUUUCAUCUUUUUUCGUGCCUGCUUUGUUUUAGAUAUAUCUGGCUGUCUUUUCCACUAAUUCGAAUGUGUGGCAUUGUGUUUUUAUGAGGUAUAUUAAAAAUAUUUAAAUCUGCAAAAAAUAACAUGAAAUACUUAUAACAAAAAGUUAUUGAAGUUAAAAUGCUGCUGUAGCUUCAUUUUGCAUUUUCAAUAAUUAUUAAGCAAAUUUAUGGGAUAACGUCUAUUUUAAAAAAUUAAUCUCUAAUUUCGGAUUAAAAAGAAUCUGUAGUGUUUAGAUUUAUUGAUUUAUUUGCAUUGGAUUGAUUUUUGUAUUUAAAAUGAAUGUUUAGUGAGAGGAGGCGACGUUUGUGCGUUCUUUUAGUUUUUCAAAUUUUUUAUGGCUUCUUUUAUUUGAUUUAAAAUUAGUAUAUGCUUUUCUGAUAAAAAGCAUUUUAUCAGAAACAGAGAAAACAAUUGAUUAAUUUAGAAUGUUAAGCAGCCAAAAGUUGAUGCAACCUUCUGAACUUAUGCAAAGUUGUUUGUGUAAUUGGAAUUUUGGAUGUUUUUUGUAAUUACUUAUAGUUUUUUUCAUUCAACGUUUUUUUUUUUUAUUUGUACAAAGUAGAUGGAAAGAAGUAAAAUCUAGAAAUAAAUAACGAAGAAUGCUUAUAAUAUAAAAUUUAAAUUUAAAUGCCAUUUUAGCAUUAUUGUGCAUUUCCAUUUUUAUAAAUAACUGUAUAACAAAAUUAUCGAAUAACGCUUAUUUGAAAAAAAUUACGUAUAAAAUUUUAAGUACAUACAUAAUACUAUUAAACCAAUUGAAUUUUAGUGGUGGUUUGAUUUUCCAAGUAAAAAUUAAUAUUCCGUGAGAGAGUCUACAUUUUGCAUCAUUUUUUUUUCUCAACUUUUAUGUGGCCUUUUAUUUUUAUUUGCUUUAAAGUUAGAGUGUGUGUUGCUCUGAUAAAACAAAUAUUGAACAUUUACCGAUUAAUGUAAAAUGUAGAGCAUCGGAUAAGUGUUAGCAUUUUUGAAAACUACACAAAGUUUAAAUUAUAUGUGUGAAAUUGGAGUGUAUAAUAUUUCGUGUUUUUUCAUAAUUACUAUUACUGCAUUUCUAUAUAUAUAUAUAUCUUGCCAUCUUAUUUUUUACGUAGCAUAGAAAUUUUUGUAAUGUAAAAGUUGAAGUGAAAAUGCUCAAGUAGCAUUUUUAUGCAAUAUUUAUAAAUAACUAUGUAUCAAAGGUAUUUGGAAAGAAAAUACUUCACCUUCCAAAUGCUUUUUUUCGCUUUUUUUAAAAUUGUUUAAAAAUUUAAAUUUUUUGUUGGAAUUAGAGGAUUUCAAACACAAGAUUAUGAGACAUUGUUUGCUGUAUGUUGAUGUUUCGAAUAAAACCUUUUUUUAUUCGAAAAACCGGUUUUCAACUUUUAUAUGGUUUUUUUCAAUAAUUGGUUUUUAUAUUAUAGUAUGUGUCGUCGUGGUGAAAAUCAUCAAACAUUUAUCAAACAGCGUAUAAUGUAGAGCAUCAAAUGUGCCAUCACUUUUAUACCUAUAACAGGUAUGAAGUUUUUCUGUGGAAUUGGAAUGUAAGAUGUUUUGUCCAUGUUAGGUAAUUACUAAUACUUCUUUGCACUAAUAUAUAUAUAUCUUAUUUAAUAUGCACUUAUAAGGAGACAAUAAACCUUAAAGGUACAUUAUAAUACCUGCUGAUAAAUGUAAAUUGAGAAUUACUGUUUCUCUCAGACGCUUGCUUUUUGUAUGUCAUAAAUAUACCAUUUCCCAGUUUCAAAUAUAUCAACAAGAAAUUAGUGGUUUUUUUUUUUUGUUGUUGUUGUUGUUGCCUUUAUUGCUGUUUAAAAUGUGCAUUCUGUUUUGGUUUAAAUAUUUCUUUGCCUCCGUUCACUUUUUGUAUAACACUUUUCUAUAUAUUCCACUUUAGAUGUCAACUUUAAAGUGUGCUCAUUCUUUUAUAGACGUAGAAAUUCAUCUCAUUUUCGUCUCGUAGGUAUUUCUUUUCAUUUAUUAAAAAUGUGCCAUUUACAUUUCAUGUUUUAGUAUAAGAUAUUUCUUUAUCUUUCUUUUCUUAUAAAUUUUAUUGUAAUAUUACGUUACUGUUGUAUAAGGCUUGACAGUUCUUACCCUUGAAACCACAUUUCUUGAAAGAAAGAAUUGGCCUUAUAUAUUCUAAAAAUCCUUUUGAAUAUGAAAUAGACUGAUUCAUUUUUAGAUAAUUUUCGGUUAGUCAGUUACCUGUGCCAAAGUAGUGUUAAUUAUAAUAAAAUUAUAGAGCUGUUAUAUAUUAAUUAGAUAUAAGUAAUUUGUUGCAAGUAGUUAUAAAAUGCAUAUAUAGGUUUAGAUGUAGUAGACUUGCAUAUCUUGACGAAUUCGCUGUAAAACGGAUAUAAUCAAGUUUAAAUGUUAGUAUAUGUAUGCUCUCAUCAUUGUAUAUAGUUUAUAAGAGGAUAUUUUGAAUGUGACACAAUUAAAAAUUUAAAAAAUCGUCUAAAUUUGAUUAUUUUAUAUAUAAAACCUAAUUUUUUUGUAAAAGUAUUUAGGAAUCCUCUGGAAAAUAUCACACUGAAAUAAAAGAAUUUUUAUUGAUGUAACAUUAUAUUCAGUGUAUAAUGUAUUGAAUACUUCAAAUUCUGUAAAGCUGUCUAUAUGUGUGGAAUCUUUCAGCCUUCAUAUCCUGAGUCAUUUUAAUCCUAGAAAUUAUUCCUAGAUUCCUUCGUAGAUUUAGCUACUUUCUCUAGUCUUCCUGCUUAGAUUUUAUAUUUUUUAUUUAAAGUUUUGCUUAUCGAUUGAUUUUCUUGGUCGAAUGAUGUAUAUAUAGCAAGUACACAAUCUUGAUGUAAAAAUAUUAGCUUUCAUGUUGUAGAAAAGAAUUACCUUAUGCACUUUUAAUGUGAAGUCUUAUUUAUGUUUAUUUUUACUCUUAGAACUGUAAUUGUUUCUUUUUCUGAACAAACUUAGAAAUAUUUGUUGUGUAGAAAUAGAUAUAAUAUAUGAAGCUUAGAAUUGUAGGAAAUAGAUUUGCGUUCUGUUCUUCUGGUAGUCGAUAUCUUUGAAGUUACAAUUAUAAGCUUAAGCGAGCCUAAUGUACAUAGACUACUUUGUGAUACCUUUCUGACUAAAUGAAAGAUAAGAAAACAAGCUAGACGACUUUUACAUGUCACACAUUGUUUCUAGUGCUGGUUUGUCUUUUCAUUUAAGCAUACGUAUAUUCACCAUGUCCGCUUAGCAUGUGAAAAAUUCUGAAAUAUUAUCAAAAAUCAACAGAUUGGAUAUUAAAUGACUGUUAGUAAAUACUUUUGUAAUCUAAAAAUAUCUAUAAAGUGUUAUGAUUGAAUUUAUUUGAAAUAUUGUUUAAAAUAUCAUUACGGUAGAAUGCUGUCGCCUUUACUAUCCAAUCUUUCUCUCUCUAUUAUUUUUUUAAGCUGAAAAAUCUUCUCUUGUGUUUGAGAACUGAUAUUUAAAAUAAAAAAAUUAGUUACAACAACAAAUAUAUUGUUUAAUAAAAACUAUUUUCCCAUUUAAAAAACAAUUUAUUUUCACAUUUCAAUCAACUUUUUAUUGAGUUUCUCAGCUGAAGUGAAGGAAAAAUGUGUAGUAUAUUAGAAGCAAUAUAUAUUGCUUCUAUUUUUCUAAAAACGCAAAUCAAAAAAAAUGUGUGGGGAAUGGGUCUUACCCAUUUGAAACCAUUUCAGAUGAUAUAAGGACAUAAAACAAAUGAAAAUUUCAUUCUUGUACAGCAUAGAUCUUAGAAAUGUACCCAUUACUGUCAUAAAUAAGUGUUAAACUUUAUUUUAAAAAGAAAUGUGUCUUUUGAAAAUAUCAAUUAUUUAGGUUUUAUUGACUGAACUAUCGUCGUGCAGUCGCUUUUAUAAUAAUUCUUUACUUAGAAUAUGAGUCAUUUUAUAAUAGUCUUUAUUGUCUAAUUAGUAGUUUAAUAUAAUUUCUUAGUCUGAAAACAAGUGUCGUUUUCGAAAUCUGUUCUUAUUCUUUUCAUUUGUAAAAAUGCUGCAAUGUCAUAAAUUGCCUUGUAAAAUUUACCUGCUUAGAAUUUCCUAUUUAGAAGAAGGCUUCUUAAUAAUAAGUUGUUACCACGCGUGCAAAAAAAAAAAAAAAAAAAAAAAAUCAAAAUUAACGAACGAAAUCCCUGGUCACCAUGCUGUAAAUAUUGUUUCAUGCCAUAUUAUGUUGUAUAGUAUUGAUAUGCUGGUGGAAAUUAUCUUAAUUCAAAACAUUGUCUUUAUGAUCUAAUAUGAAAAUCAGUUCUUAUUACUAUAUCUUGUUUUUCCAUGUAUCUGUGCACUUGAGGUUGCUAAACAAAUUAAGAAGCCUUAAUCUAAAACAAAGGUUCUCAAAUUUCAAACCUUGCGACCCACUUCAUCAUCGGCGCGUUGAAUUUUUUCAGAGACGAACAGCAUAUGUUCUUUCUAAAAAAAGAAACUUUUGUAAAAAAUUGUGAUUAUAAUUAUGAUUUUACAAAAGUUAUUUCUUAUGUGUAACGUGAUCAAGUUUUAUACUCCAUCACAAUUUAAAGAUACAUAUAUGCUCUAGAUCUUGUCGCAACCCGUAGUUUGAGAACCCUUGUCUUUAGAAACUCCUGGACUUUAAAUAAUAAUUAUUUGAAGAGACGGAAAAAAAUGCCUAACUAUUUUAAAUAUAGUUUCUGACCGAAUUAGGAAGAACUAUAAAUGUUUAUUCUUAAUGCCGAAAACUAUACUAAACAAAGUUAAGGAUAAGCACUCCUGAUAGAGAAAUGAAUUACUAUGUGCUCUAACUGAAAUCACAAUCCUAUUGUAAAUUGAUAUUUAUCAUCAAAUAAUUAUUAUUUUUUAUGUCAUGUUUACAAUUUUUCUCAUAUGAAAUGCUUUUGUAUUGUGAAUUAAUGGUAGUUGUGGAAGACUGCAUUUUGUGACUAUUCAUCUGGAAUACGAAUUCUUCCACAAAGUUAUUGUUUUGUAUAGGGCCGGAUUAAGAAAUAGGCGAAUUGUUUAGGGGCCCUACAAUUUGUACAGGACAUCUGGGAAUUGGUUUAAAUUUCAGAAAAUUAUUCCUAGUUCAUUAGAUUAAGAAUGGUUUUGAAAUUCUGCUAUAAUAUAGUCUUUUUUUUUUUUGUAGUUUUUGAGCGAUUAACUAAAUAGUUAUGAUAAACUUUCUUAUUAGGGUAUUUAUAUUACGUUAACAAAAUUUUAUAAGUUUUCAUGACUUCUUUUUAUAUGUGACUAAAACCAACUCUUUUGAAGGCAGCCUGCAUUUUAAAUUCUUAUUAUUUAUGGUUAUCAUAACCCUUUGAAUACUUUUUUUUUCAAAUUAUUUCGGUAUAUUUUCUGUGAGAAAAGCAAUAGAUUCUAAAUUAAAAAAAUUGCCAUAACCAAUUUUUGUUAUGCAAAGUAUUUUUUAAUAUAAUUAUUUAUUAUGUUAAUUAUUUAUUAAGCAUACGUGUACUUCUAAAUCAGUAUUUAUUGCAAAAAAAAAAAAAAAAAUCUGCAAAACUAAAAUCUUUUCUAAAAAAUGACUUUUGCCUGGAAAAUAGGCUGCGCCAUCUAGAUAAAUAAGAAAUGUGUGAAUAUGAUCAACUGGGGCACAAUACAAUGGUUUCGAACUAAUUUUUAUCUCAGUAGUAGUUUUAAAAUGCAAGUGAGACAUAUAUAUCCUAUUAGUACUCAAAGGGAAGAAGCAGGUGGGGGGGGGGGUCUACAAAGCUUAAUCCGGCCCUGGCUUUAUAUCUGGUUGUGAUAUUCUGCCUUGUUGUUUUGCUAUUAUAAAUUUUGUGAAAUAAAAUUGACUGCUUCUGUAAGUUCUUUAGUGAAUCAUAUAUUUGAAAUAAAGUGUAGCUGUUUUGUUAA